AUGCUUUAUCUUCCUGUUGUUCGACUUGCGCGGAAAUCACAUCAACUGCAUCGCAAUCUCUUGGCAUGCUUUCGCUGUCGUCAUAAGUGUGCGGCAGAACCUUUUUUAAACGGUACUUCCUCGUCUUACAUUGAAGACAUUCAUGCCGCCUGGUUGAAGGAUCCUAACUCAGUGCAUAAAUCAUGGGAUGUUUACUUUCGUGGUGUUGCUAGUGGGGCGUCAGUUGGUGCUGCCUACUCGCCGCCUCCGACCCUCGGAUUUGAACAAAUGAGUGCACCAUUCAUGGUAGCGCCAAUGCCAUCUUCAGUGCCCGUUGGCUUGAAUGCUAAAACUAUUGAAGACCAUUUAACGGUUCAAUUGAUAAUUCGAUCGUAUCAGGUCCGUGGACAUUUAGCCGCAAAACUAGACCCUCUUAACAUUAAAUCGUCAGUGGAAUCUGUCCGAGAUUUUGUUUAUGGGCGGUAUUUGGGCGAAGCUGGCGUUCCGGAUAUGGACAAGGUUUUUCGUCUCCCAUUGAACACUCAUAUUGGGGGGGAUCAAACAGAAUUGCCUUUGAAAGAGAUCAUAAAUCGCCUUGAGGAUGCGUACUGCAAAUCGAUUGGUGUUGACUACAUGUUCAUCAAUGACCUCAAGCAAUGCGAUUGGCUGCGUCAGCGUUUCGAAAGGCCAGGAGCAACAAAUUUGUCGACAGAAGAAAGGAAGCUUUUGCUUCACCGUCUGGUGCGUGCAUGCAAGUUUGAGGACUAUCUUGCAAAGAAGUGGAGUUCAGAAAAACGUUUCGGUGUUGAAGGUUGCGAGAUGCUUAUCCCGGCGAUGAAGACGGUUAUUGAUGAGUCUAUUCAAAGUGGGGUGGAGAGUUUUAUCAUCGGCAUGCCUCAUCGGGGUCGCUUGAAUGUGCUCGCAAACGUAUGCCGCAAACCAUUAUCUGAUAUCUUCUGUCAAUUUGACUCGAGCCUUAAGGCAGCUGAUGAGGGCAGUGGCGAUGUGAAAUACCACCUGGGGAUGAGUCACCGACGCAUCAAUAGAAAGACGGGCAAGGAGUUCAACAUCGCCGUUUGCGCUAAUCCUAGCCAUUUGGAAGCGGUCGACCCUGUUGUUCAGGGAAAGACAAGAGCUGAGCAGUUUUACCGCCCUUCUUCCUCAAUCGCUAAUUGUACAAUUGGUGGCAAUUUUAGUAACGACACCGAAGGUAAGCAAGUGAUGUCCAUCCUCUUGCAUGGUGAUGCCUCAUUCGCCGGACAAGGUAUUGUCUACGAGACCAUUCAUCUUAGUGAUCUCCCUUCCUACACUACCAAGGGCACUAUCCACAUUGUCGUAAACAAUCAGAUUGGUUUCACUACGGACCCUCGUAUGUCCCGCAGCUCCGUGCAUUGCACGGACGUGGCCCGCGUUACCAACUCGCCAAUCUUCCACGUAAAUGCCGAUGACCCAGACGCCGUGGUCCAUGUCGCUCGCGUCGCGGCCGAGUGGCGUGCCACCUUCGGCAAGGACGUUGUCAUUGACCUAGUCGGCUAUCGACGAUUCGGACACAAUGAGACUGACGAACCCAUGUUCACGCAGCCUCUUAUGUACAAGCGCAUCCGUCAAAUGCCCACUGUACUUGAGAAGUAUUCUAAACAGCUUCUUGAUGAAGGCUGCAUCACCGAUAAAGAACUAAAGGCGUCGAUUGAUGAAUACCAUAAAAUCUGUGAUGACGCCUACGCCGAGGCCAAAUCACAGACUGUUACUUACAAUCGUGCUUGGCUGGACUCUCCGUGGGAGAAAUUCUUUGAAGACCGCGAUCCUAUGUAUCUGCCUUCCACCGGCGUUGAAGAGUCGCAGCUUAAGCACAUCGGUGAAAUAGUGAGUGGCUACCCUGACAAUUUCGUAAUUCAUCCCGGUCUGAAGCGUGUGCUCAAAGGUCGCUCCGACUUGGUAAAGAGCCGCAUGGCUGACUGGGCUCUCGGCGAGUUUUUCGCCUAUGGCUCUCUCCUCAUGGCCGGCCACCACGUCCGAGUCUCCGGCCAGGAUGUGGAGCGCGGCACCUUCUCCCACCGACAUGCCGUUCUUCAUCACCAGGACAUUGACAAAUCGAUACACGUCCCGUUGGAGCACCUUUCCCCCAACCAGGCACCCUUCACCAUCUGCAACAGCUCACUUUCGGAGUAUGCCGUGAUGGGAUUCGAGAUGGGAUACUCCCUCACGAAUCCUAACUCCCUAGUUAUCUGGGAGGCUCAGUUUGGUGACUUUGCCAAUGGUGCACAAAGCAUGAUUGAUCUGUUUGUCUCAUGUGGUCAACAGAAGUGGGUCCGUCAAUCUAAUCUUGUACUUCUUCUCCCCCAUGGCAUGGAAGGCAUGGGCCCUGAGCACUCUAGUGGCCGAAUGGAACGGUUCCUGCAGCUCUCUAAUGACGACGAUAGCUUCCUCCCAGUAUUUGGGGAACAUUUCUCACAACAGCAACUCGUUGAAACGAACUGGAUCCUUGCCAACUGCACCACACCAGCUAACAUGUUCCACGUUCUGCGUCGUCAAAUUCUAUUGCCUUUCCGUAAACCUUUGGUGGUUUUCACACCUAAAUCCCUAUUGCGUCACCCUGACGCGCGUUCAUCUUUCGAUGAUAUGCUUCCUGGCACUACUUUCCAGCGUCUUAUCCCCGAAGCUGGUCCUGCCCGUUCUGCUCCUGAGAAUGUCAAAAAACUGAUUUUGUGCUCUGGCAAGGUUUAUUAUGACAUUGCGAAACACAUUGAAUCGGCCGGUCUCAACAAGGAGAUCGCGGUUGCUCGUAUUGAGCAGCUCACUCCACUCCCCUACGACCUGAUUAAGGAAGAACUAGAGCGCUACCCUAACGCCGCUGUUCAGUGGGUUCAAGAAGAACACAAGAACUAUGGUGCUUGGUCCUACGUUCGACCUCGCAUUGAGCAUCUCAUUCAACGAGAGAUGCCUAACCGUGUUCACACAAAAUUACUGUAUGCCGGACGCCCUCCAAGCGCUGCUCCAGCUACUGGUCGCAAGGCAAUUCACAUGAUGGAACACUCGUUCCUCCUCAAGGCCGUCCUGCAGACUGACUAG